UUGAGUUCAGAGUUGCGACGUUUAUACGGUGACAAAUAUAUAAGCCCUUUACCGCUACACACUUCUUCAUUUCAGCAUAUUUCUUCCUGAUCUCGAGUAAAAUUCACAGAUCAUCAGCGAAAGUAAUUAAUUCAGUACUACAAAGAUGGUUUGAAAACUACCAAAAGUAUAAUCAUAGCAAAAUUGAAGAGGUUGCGAAAGAAUUGGGUUUGAUGUACAAGAAUGUGAAGUACUUCACCUUCACUUCAAAGACACCUGUUCGCCUCGGCACGAUAUAGAAGAGAAAACCAAGCGCAUACAACAUAUUUAUUAAAGAUAAAAUAAAACCAUGAAAGGUAAACCUCUCCUGGUGAACAAUUUCGGACUUGGGCCAAGGAGUGGAAUGCCCUUUCUGCCACGGCCAAAAAAGGCUACCAAGAUAAAAGGGAACUAUUGGACGUACGACCAACGAAUGAAAGGGAGAGGAUGGCCAGGGUAGAAUUUCUUUGGAGAAAAUUGGAUGAAGCUAGCUUUUUCUUUUAUUUCUCAAUCCUGGCUGUUUUCAAUUUUGAAGUGUCAAGAACUGGGGACUUACGGAACGGAUGUCUUCCUCCUUAGUUGAGACGUGAAGUCGGGGAAAGAUGUGGCCCUGGGCAAUGGGAAAGGAAAAGUCUUCCUGGGAGAGUGCCCCAGUAAUGUGACAAAUUUCCGUCUCAACUAUAGAUCUGAUGUAUUGUAUACCCAGGCUGCAGUUGGAACCAGCACUUUGGGUGAAACUGAAGACCUUGAAAAGAAGGUUCGAGAGGCCCUUAUAUUGCAUAUUGACGCACCAUGUUCAUGCUACUUCAGUAUGUGUAUUUUUCCCAAAGCGCUUCCACUGGUAGGGCUCGUUUCCCUUACAGCGAUCACCACAAAGGGGUGGUCACUGUUCAUGGCCUACCCGAUGGACUGCAAAUACUACGCUCUAUGGGGAGCACGGGGAAGGCAAAGAUGGCAGAACUCCUGGCAGUGAUUACGUAUUUAAAGUUUGUGUUAAACAUGGGUUGUUUAUGGCGUCACUGGUUUUGGUGGUCACCAACCAUUGGCUUCUUGGAGAAAUUGACACAGAAUAGUUUUUGUAUGGACAAAGCUUGUAAUUUUGAACAGCUAACUGCUACUUACAGUCCAUAUAUAGGAGUUUACAUGACUAAAGAGACAGAGAGACAAUAAACAAGAGCUGAGAUCAACUUGAUGAGCUGUCGUUGUCGUUGGUCUUUCGUUAUGACCUCUAGUAUGCCACAGGUACCGGUGAUGGAUGAUGAAGACACCCUCAGCAUAGAUGAAGAAGAAUCUCUACCAUUGACAAACACCAGUGAAGUUCAACCCAGUGGCAGUGCUACAGCCAUGCUCAAUUACCUUGCGGGAGGUGGGCUUGGAGUUGCUCCAGUUUUACCCUUGCCUAUGCCACGACCAGCAGUAUUUUCAAAGAAAUCUUCCAUUCGAGAUAACAAGGGCAGUGCGUUCAAGAAGUCGGUGAACCCAAGAGUCAGCAGGGAGGAGGAAUUGGGAGUUCGGAUGAAGAACACAAAAUCCAGGGUUGGCAUGAGAAAGAAGAAGUCAGCGAAACUGGAUGCGGAUGAGCAAUUAAGCGAAGAUGUAGCCAAACUUACAGCUUCGAACCAAGGUAUAGUCGAGAAGAUCUACAAGCACCGAAAAAAUAAGGGUGUUCUCGAAUAUCGAGUGAAGUGGGUUGGCUAUGACGGUCCACAAGAUGAUACAUGGGAACCACUCCGCCACCUCACGAGUGAACACUCACAAGCCAUGCUGAGAGAUUAUCGGACUUCUUCAAGUGCCAAAUAAGCCAGUAGACAUGCAGACAUGAUGAGUUGUUUAAUUAUGCGACAAUGUUACUGCACAAAAUCGCUUUUCAAAAUCAUUUGUGACAUGAAUACAUGUAAUGUUGUUUUCUGUAAAUAAA